GGACGCUUGUCAUUGACUGAAUUAAGUGAAUGAACCAAGCAAACAGAGCAUGCACGCUGAGACGGUUGGAUCUUCAAAGGCACGGCAGGGCUGUAGUUCCGCGCUCUACCGCCGAGCGGCGCUCGGAGACCAGCCACAGGGCCAGAGACUUGGUGAGGACAGGGUUCCGGGUCCGCCCUUCUGCAGCCUACCGCCGGAAUUGGAGCGGCUAUACUGAAGAGUGUGGGACUGUCUGGACCCCAACCUCCGGUCGCCCCACUGUGCGGCUGGGCCUUGCCUCUAGCGGCAGGGGCAGCUCCUCCCGGGACAAGGACCGAAGUGCUACUACAGUUAGUAGUUCAGCGCCCAUGCCUGCUGGAGGAAAGUCAAGCCGGACUAACUGUCCUCCACUUGCACCGCCGAAGACCGCCAAUCGCCUGAUCAAUGAGAAGUCUCCAUACCUCUUACAGCAUGCCUACAACCCGGUGGAUUGGUACCCCUGGGGACAGGAAGCCUUCGACAAGGCCCAAAAAGAAAACAAGCCGAUUUUUCUUUCAGUGGGGUACUCUACCUGUCACUGGUGCCACAUGAUGGAGGAGGAAUCCUUCCAGAAUGAAGAGAUAGGGCGCCUGCUCAAUGAGAACUUCAUCUGUGUUAUGGUGGACCGAGAGGAGCGGCCAGAUGUGGACAAAGUAUACAUGACUUUUGUGCAGGCCACCAGUAGUGGAGGAGGCUGGCCAAUGAAUGUGUGGCUGACCCCCAGCCUCCAGCCAUUUGUUGGGGGCACCUACUUCCCACCAGAAGAUGGCUUGACUCGAGUUGGCUUCCGAACAGUGUUGAUGAGAAUCUGUGAUCAGUGGAAACUGAACAAGAACACCCUUCUGGAGAACAGCCAGCGUGUCACCACAGCCCUUCUGGCCCGAUCUGAGAUCAGCGUGGGUGACAGACAGAUUCCGGCCUCUGCUGCCACCAUGAACAGCCGUUGCUUCCAGCAGCUGGAUGAGGGCUAUGAUGAGGAAUACGGUGGCUUCGCCGAGGCCCCCAAGUUUCCCACACCUGUGAUCCUGAAAUUCCUGUUCUCCUAUUGGCUCAGUCACCGGCUCACCCAGGAUGGCUCCCGAGCUCAGCAGAUGGCAUUGCACACCCUGAAGAUGAUGGCCAACGGAGGCAUCCAGGAUCAUGUGGGGCAGGGCUUUCACCGCUACUCCACGGACCGACAGUGGCACAUCCCUCACUUUGAGAAGAUGCUGUAUGACCAGGCCCAACUCUCGGUGGUCUAUACCCAGGCCUUCCAGAUCUCUGGCGAUGAAUUCUACGCUGAUGUCGCUAAAGGCAUCCUACAGUAUGUGACCCGGACUCUGAGCCAUCGGUCUGGAGGCUUUUACAGUGCAGAGGAUGCUGACUCCCCCCCGGAGAGAGGCAUGAAGCCCCAAGAGGGUGCUUACUAUGUGUGGACAGUCAAAGAGGUCCAACAGCUGCUCCCAGAGCCCGUGGUAGGCGCCAGUGAGCCGCUGACUUCAGGCCAGCUCCUAAUGAAGCAUUAUGGACUCAGUGAAGCAGGCAAUAUCAAUUCCUCUCAGGAUCCCAAAGGGGAACUGCACGGCCAGAAUGUCCUGAUGGUGCGUUAUUCACUAGAGCUGACUGCAGCCCGCUAUGGCCUGGAGGUGGAGGCUGUGAGGGCCUUGCUCAACACAGGGCUGGAGAAGCUCUUCCAGGCCCGGAAACAUCGGCCGAAAGCACACCUAGACAACAAGAUGCUCGCUGCCUGGAAUGGCUUGAUGGUUUCUGGCUUUGCUGUGACGGGGGCUGCCCUGGGUAUGGAAAAGUUAGUUGCCCAGGCCACCAACGGUGCCAAAUUCCUUAAGCGGCACAUGUUUGAUGUGUCCAGCGGCCGCCUGAAGAGGACAUGCUAUGCUGGCACCGGAGGAACUGUGGAGCAAAGCAACCCACCAUGCUGGGGUUUUCUGGAGGACUAUGCCUUCGUGGUGCGGGGCCUCCUGGACCUGUACGAGGCCUCACAGGAGAGCUCGUGGCUUGAGUGGGCUCUGCGCCUGCAGGACAUACAGGACAAGCUCUUCUGGGACCCCCGAGGUGGCGGCUACUUCUGCAGUGAGGCUGAGCUGGGGACAGACCUGCCUCUUCGUCUGAAGGAUGACCAGGAUGGCGCAGAGCCCAGUGCUAACUCUGUGUCGGCCCACAACCUCCUUCGGUUGCACAGCUUCACUGGCCACAAGGAUUGGAUGGACAAGUGUGUGUGCCUGCUGACAGCCUUCUCUGAGCGCAUGCGCCGCGUCCCAGUGGCCUUGCCUGAGAUGGUCCGUACCCUCUCAGCUCAACAGCAGACUCUGAAGCAGAUCGUGAUCUGUGGAGACCCCCAGGCCAAGGACACCAAGGCCCUGCUGCAAUGUGUCCACUCCAUCUACGUCCCUAACAAGGUGCUCAUUCUGGCUGAUGGAGACCCAUCGAGCUUCCUGUCCCGUCAGCUUCCCUUCUUGAGCAACCUUCGAAGAGUAGAAGACCGGGCCACAGUCUACAUAUUUGAGAACCAAGCCUGCUCCAUGCCUAUCACGGAUCCCUGUGAGUUACGAAAGCUGCUACACCAAUGACUGCCCAGAACCCUUUGAGCUGGGCCAGAAGGCAGAAUUUUCCAACUGACCAGAGACUCAGACCUUGAGAGGCUAAUGGGUACCCUGCCUCCAGGUGAUCACAGCCAUCCUGUGGCUCCCCCAUGGGCACCUACUCACCAUGAAAUAAACCUAACAGUGUCCCGUGGUGA